AUGUCCAGUGUGUCUGUGGAGGAAGGAGAAGCAGGAGUUCGAGUCCAAGCUGAAGCUCCACAUCUUGUCAGCCUCGGAAGUGGGCGGUUGAGCAUCGCGGUGACAAUUCAUCCUCUUCCUAGUGGAACAACUGUCCUAGGGAGUGGAAAACAUGUUGACAUUGUUGUAAAUGGCCUCGGGGUAGACGAGCAGCACUGUUACAUCGAGAACAAUCGAGGCAUCCUUACUCUCCAUUCGAAAUCUCCACGGACCACGAUAGAUGGUCUUCCUGUUACCCAGCCAACUCGGUUAUCACAAGGGUCAAUUAUAGGCCUCGGACAUUCAAGUUACUUCAGGUUCAACCAUCCAGACCAAGCCAGGUUGAUGAAGAAGACACUUCCAGAUCCUAAGAAUUCAAUGCUUCCAUUAACAUUUUAUCAAGGUGCUUGUGUUGAAAUGGAUGGUAAUUCACCUUAUCAUCACCAAGAAUCUCGUUCAAGAGAUACAUGCUCAGGCAUCAACAAUUUUGUGAAAAUGAGUCCUAAAAAUGGUGAGAUUAUGAAUGGUGAAUUAAGCCCGAGUAAUUGGAGACCCAAUGUUUCAAGUCCGUCUCACAACAAAGAUUCGACUCCAUUCACUCCUUUCAAACCUCCUCCCCAUUCUUCAUCACCCUCACACAACAAACAGAACAAAUCUGAUAAAAAUGCUAAGAAUUGUGACAUCGAAGAAUUAGACCUCGAUGAGAUUCUGGCCAUUUGUUCAGAGUACCAGAGAGAAAACCAAAUAGAGAGGAGUACUAAACCCGUUCAAAACCGGAUAAAAACCAAUGGCUCUUUACCGAGAGAGAAGAGAUUAAACUCGCCCACGUCACCAACCCAUCAGCACAGUUUCUCAUUUGAUACAAGUGACUUGAUGUAUGGAGGUGAAAAAGAUCGAUCAAAAGAUAAUAAAAAAUCUCUCCAUACAUAUGAAAAUGUAACGUUUGUUCCUGGUAGCCCGAGACCAAGGAUUAAAACUUUUCUAAACAAAGAUAGUAGUCCAACUAAUGUUAGUAACCCUCCUGAUGGUCAUGGUGGCAACCGAAGUGGCCUACAUUUAAAUCUAGAACCAGUCAUCCUACGCAACAAGUCAUCCUCAUCGACGUUCAAUGAGUUAUCUGAACAAAAUCAGUCAAUAUCAUCGAUGACCAGUAAUCUCGAUGGUGUAAAAGAACGAGACAGAGCCAGUGGAGAGUACCAAGACAAAGGAAGGCCACCUUCAAUCGCUGAUAUGACUGCAGAAAAAAAAUACAACUUUUUAGGCUUUGAUCCGAGGAAGGAUACUCCUCCCGAUCAAACUCCUCAAAAAGAUACCACUGACCACCGCUCUGGAAACUUCACUCCUUCUCAGAUUCCACAAUCCCCUCCAUCCUGGACCAAUCCCACUCUCAAUUGUGAAAACUUUCCUGAUUACGAUAUAGUGAAUGGUGCCGACGAUGAGGACUGUAAGAGUAGUAAAAGAUUGAGCAAUCAACUGUCGACAGGAACUACCAGGAGCUCGAUUAGUGCUAUAGAGAGUUUGAAAAUGGAACGGGAAACGUUAUUGAAAAAUCUUUCAUCUUUAAAAGAGAAAAUAACUGAACUAGAACAGCAAGAAGAGGAAUUAAUCAGAGAGUCUGCCAUUGAAGAAGCACUUGUUAGUGGAGAAAUAGCAGCUCAAGAUGAAAAAUUAAAACAUGAAGAAAGUAGAGUCGCUAUUUUAAAAGAGAAAGCCAAAGAAUGCGAUAUUGAAAUGGAAAAAUGUCUGCAACGUCAGGCUCAAGGGCAAGAAAACUUCCAAGUUAUCAGCGAAAGGCAUAUGGCAAUGAUAGACAUUUUGGAAAAUAAGUUAUCGACAUGUGAAAAUGAAGAAUUGAAAAUUCAUCUGAAAGAAGCGUUGAAAGAACAGCAGGAACUGUUGGAUUCUGAAAGAAAGAACCAUGAAGUUUUGGAAUUCCAACUAGUGGAAGAAGAGGCAAGCUGGUUGUCUAAACGAGAAGACAUACAAAAAGAUCUUGAUGAAGCAAUGGAAAGGUUAGCUUUGAGAAAGGAAAAGGUUUUGAAUCUACAUUCUUCUCAGAAUAUAACCAACGAGUUAGAAAUACAAAAGCUUUCACAUUUGAAGGCGAUAGAAGAAGGUCGGAGUCGUCUAUUGAUGAUAAAUGAUGAGUUGGAAACGUUAUCCAAAUCUUAUCCCAGUGCGGACUCUCUCAUUUCUAGCAGUUCAGAUAAUAAAGUGGUGAGAAGAAGGGUUACCAGUCAAGACGAUUUGGAUCGGAUAUCGAAGAUAACUUCAGGAGCACCUAUCGAUAUGGGGUCGUCCAAUUCUCUCGGCAGAAGGACCAUAGCUUCCCUAAAAGAAAUCGAAAGGAACAGACAACUACAUUUGAUUAAUCAAGGAAGCCUGGUGAUAGAAGAGGAAAGGCAGAGGGUAGAAGAGCUGAAGCGGCAAGUUCAGGACGAGGUGAAAGCCCAAUGGGAGCAACAGAGGAACAGCAACUGCCAAUCGCUAACGAGCAUUACCAGUGACGACUCCAGUUUGGAGCCUACCAGGGACAGUGGUGUAAGCAGUGAAGAAGUUGAAAAGAAUAUGAUGUUUCCUGAUGAUAAUAAAAAUCGAGAUUCUUCUGAAACUCCUGUUGAUAACAAUCUCAUCAGCGAGACUCCAGAAAGUAGACCAACCUCAGAUGUUUCUGGGUACAGCGAUGAUCAACUGACUGUCAAAAUCAGAUCAAAAUCUACAUCUAAUCUACAAAGGCCGCUGACGAGAUACUUACCGAUCAAGAGCGAGAGUUUAGAUCUGAGAGCACACAUCGAGAGCGCUGGACAUCAAGUGGAUCUCUGCUCUCACGUUCAGCUGGAUUCAUUGUCCUGUCGCGGCUACCUCAGCAAGAUAGGUUCGAGAUUCAAAACUUUAGCCAGGCGAUGGUUUGUCUUUGACAGGGCAGCACGCACUCUGCUUUAUUUUUCAGACUCCUCUGAAAAGAAAAGGAGAGGUGGUGUACAUUUCCAGGAUAUCGAAGAAGUAUAUGUAGAUCACUUGAACACAUUCAAAUCACCAAAUUCUAAAGUAACCUUUGUCGUGAAAAGCACUACAAGAUCAUAUCAUUUGAUAGCUCCAAGCCCAGAGGCGAUGAGGAUUUGGGUUGAUGUUAUUUUUACUGGUGCCGAGGGUUACCAACAAUAUCCUCAUUAA